AGGAAACGGUGCAGCUGAGCUAACAAUCAAAGCGGUAAAGUUUUUGGCAAGAGAAGAUGGCAGCAGACAGGUUAAUAUAUUGGGUUUUGUAAACAAACACAACAACAAAAAAAGAGAAGAAAAAUGGACCUAAUCUACCGCGCGAUAAAACAAAAGUUAUGACGAGUGGAGAAAAGGCUGCAGUGUGAGUUAACCCGAAGACGCUACGGACAUAUUUGAAAAAUGUCUUCUUGACCAAUGAAAGCCUCCGUUCCCCGUGAUCCUGAGCGGUGGGCUUCCCCACAUGCCUUGAAAUGAGCACUUUGGUGAGAAAGUCUGGAUGUACACCUUUCAGCCUGCAAUCGUGGCCGACGCAGAUUUUUCGCCGCUGGCUUUGCCUGCUGAGCCUGAGCUUACUGCUGCUGUUCUGGUUCGGUCUGCUCAUCACCACACGGGACGAUGCGUCCUCCCCUGCGGCUACACGCAGCUCGGGUCUCCGGGGCUACAUGCGGAUCAGCCCCGCCAAGAGGAGACUGUUUCUGAACAUCCACUGUAACCAGUGUGCCUUGGUCUCCAGCUCGGGCCAGAUGCUUGGUGCUGAUGCUGGAGAGGAGAUUGACCAAAAAGGAUGUGUGAUCCGCAUGAACAAUGCACCCACCAGCGGGUACGAGAAGGACGUUGGGAGCCGCACCAGCGUUCGGGUCGUGUCCCACACCAGUGUUCCCCUAUUGGUAGAAAAUGAGCAGCACUAUUUUCAUGAGCUGGCGGGCACAACAUAUGUGUUCUGGGGUCCUGAGAGGAAUAUGAGACAAGAUGGGAAAGGAAAAAUUUUCAAUGUCCUCUUGAAGAUGGCCUUGAAGUAUCCAAAUGUCAGAUUAUACGCUUUGACCAGAGAUAAGGUCCAAUACUGUGAUGGCGUGUUCCAGAACGAAACAGGAAAAAACAGAAUGAAAACUGGGGCCUAUCUCAGCACAGGUUUCUUCACAAUGAUCCUAGCUCUGGAUAUGUGCGACAGCAUCAGCGUUUACGGAAUGAUCGACAAUAACUACUGCAGUCGAGCCAACCACAGCGUUGUACCUUACCAUUACUAUGAGCGAAACCGUGUAAAUGAGUGCAGGAUGUACAAAUUCCACGAGAACGCCAAACAUGGAGGACAUCGCUUCAUCACUGAGAAAGCCAUCUAUGCUAAAUGGGCAAAGCACCACAAGAUGCAUUUCAAACACCCGUCUUGGAGCAUAUGAGGGAAACAAUUCAAAAUCUGUGAAGUACUUUAUUAGUAUUAUUAGUAUUACUACAUUCGUUAAAAUAAUUUUAUAUGCUACUGGAUUCCGUUUGUUGAUUACAAAUAUGUAAGCGAGUACAUAGACCCUGGAUACGCCCGAUGUGCUUCUUGCUACUGAAUAUUCCUCUCAUGUGUAACGGUGUAGAUGCUGGAAAACCCUGAUAAGUAAAGUACAUGUAUGCCAAAGCUUUCAGGUUGAAGUUAUAUUAGUUACCCGUGCCUUGACUUUUAGUUUUUUCUCUGUUAAAUGAUUCACUUUAAGCUGCAGUCUGUCUUACCCCGGGUUUCCACGGGAGCCGACAGCAGCACGUUACUGCAGCAGCACGUCUUGCUCGCGUAAGCUGCUGCUUGGCCCUUCCCACGAGAUGCGAAGCAGCAGGGGAGCAGCUGUCACCGACCGAGCACAAAGUCACACGAGUGACUUCGUCAGUAAACACAACAACAAGCAGGAGAAAAUUACAACAUGGCUCCAAAAGGUUUGUGUUUUAUGUUCUGUCCGUUUUAUAAUCGCCAAUACGGACCUGAAAAACAGGAGAUCGCUAGCUAGGUGAUAACUUCUCACGGGGCCGCACAUUUAGUAACCUUUUUUAAAAGUAAAGCAACCGGAAGGCAGUACGUUUCUUUAUUCUGAAAAUCUCGGAAGCUUCUCUCCAUUUCCACGUCCGAUUUCCUGUCUUUCCUUCCCCAAAAAUGUCGAACUUGACCCGUUUCAGAGGCGUCGCGCGUAGAAAAUAGAACCGGCGCGUAAAGGCCGCGACAUGCUGCUCCUGAGACGCGGCCGACUCGCGCUGCUGACGGCUCCAGUGGAAAAGGUUCUGUUGACCACAGCGGUUCCUAUCAGCAGCUAUGACGUGCUGCUGCAGUAACGUGCUGCUGACGGCUCCUGUGGAAAGCCGGGGUUAGUCAUUGCAAUUUAAAGCUACAAAACAUAGUGCACAUGUACUCUUUGAGACGGCAAAUGUAUUGUACAGGAGGCUUGAGAUUAACUACAUGUAUUAUUUUCUGUGCAUUUUUAUUAGAAAUAUUUGAGGUCAUAGAGAUCUCUCCAUGGAAGUGUACCGUUGGUGGGGAGAAAACUAUACGUGCAGUAAUUCGUAAUAACACGAGUUUCUCGUUAUAACAAGAUAUGGGUUGGGCGAUAAAUCAAAAAUGUAUCGUAAUUUCUGACUAUCAUUUUUUUACAUGUCAAUACAUUUGGUAGUAAAGAAGUGAAAAGAUGUGUGUAUGUUGGCGACGUUCAUGUCCCUUCAGGAAACUGUACCACCUUGAGUCACAUGACAACGUGACUCAACUUUUGUUUUUGAGCAUACAUGUAGGUAUCGUCCAUUUAUCGUUAUCGAGGUGAACUCCUCAAUAUACUGUGAUUUUGAUUUUAGGCCAUAUAGACCAGCCCUAUAAUGAGAUAUUCAGUUAUUUUAAUGUGAAACUAUCUCAUAAUAAUGACAGUAUUUUUAAGUAUUUUUAAUUAGUUUCUCAAUAUAACUUGUUAAAAUCUCAUAAUGGGCUCAUAUUGGUAAAACACACAAAUCCUAAAAGGAUGUUUGAAUCUCGUCCAGAAAAGAUGGAGUCAGAGAGGGACUAUGCAUUUUUACAGGGAUUUUCCACCCCUUAGUGAAAUGUGGUGUUUUGCCAUAUUCCCCAGAGUUAGAUCAUCAGUCCAGUGUGGCGGCAUGUAAUUUGCUGACUUAUGCACUGUUGUUCAGCAGAUUUCCCUUGUCGAACAAUGCAACAACAUUUAAUGGCCAUUUUACCACUCCGACCUUUCUCGUUAUUAGAAGAUAUUAAACACGUUAUUUGAAACACUUUCGUUAAAAUUACUUAUGUCGUAUCAUAAGAACGUUUUUCUUUUGUUGUAAUAUUUCUUUGACGUUAUAACAAGAAACAUUCUCAUUUUUACGAGUUAUUGGGCCAUUAUUUUUUUCCUCACACUGGCGGUAAUAUGCUUCCGUACCUGGCUACGCAGUUACUACAGAAAUCUAUUUGUUUAAUUUUUCAGGUGUUUUCUUCUCUUCUUCCUUUUGUUGUUAUUUUGCCUCAAAAAAAGGACAUUUCUCUCAAUGAAAAGUCAAAUUUUAAGCUUGCCUAAAUCUUAGGGCUGUUGCAUUAGUUUCACUGUGAGCUUGAAACGAUGAUAGGAUUUUUUUUAAUUUUAACGGAAAAGCUGUUUAUACUUGAUCCUAUCAUUAGCAUUUUAAAUGGUGCUUUUGCUCCACUGGUGAAAACGAGUGUCUCCUUUCACCACUGCUCCCGUGACUGAGCUGAUCAGUUUCCAGUGUGGAUCCGUUUACCCUAAGUAAUCACCACUAGAGCCUACGGUUAUCUGGAAUUCAUCCAGCCUUUCUAAUGAAGCUGGCAUGUUCUCAACAGGCCGAACUGAACUAAUUAACUCAACUACAGAUCAGUCAAUCCUGGAAUUUCAUCUCUGUGUUUUGGAGGGGACACGAGAAGAGAUCAUAGGAUGUCAUUUAAGGGCAAUGCAGUUUGUGUUUCUAUGGUGAUGGCUGUGAAACAUCUUCUGGUAUCGAAGGUCAAAUAAAUAGAAAUGUUUGUGUCUUCAUGGCCUUUUUAUAUUUAGCUGCCUGUAUACAAUUUAAAGGACAACAUAGCACUGCCUCUCCAUUACUGUUUUUUGCAUUCAAUCCAAAGUCCAUAUCCGUACUCACACUUAAAGUGUUGUACUAUAAAUUGUACUUACAGCUACUGGGUUAUAUGAACAAAAACAUGAAUGUACUUUUGAGCAAUGGCCACCUCUAGAGGAAGAAAAGCGUCACAAUAAAUAAAAAUAUGCUGUCAAAUAAAU